AUGAGUACGAAGCGGAAGGCGGUGCUUGCAGCAGCCAAUAAUGCAUCAGAAAGCUCUCAAACUCCACCGGCAAAGAAACGAAAAUUCUCGAAUGAAUUACCCGAGUACUACGACGAAAUUGGCUUACCUAUUGCUCUUGACACUAUUGAGCGCAGAUUGGAGAGGCACGAAUAUGCUACUAUCUCCACACUCGAGAGUGAUGUCAAGCGUAUGAUCAGCAAUGCUAAAUCAUUCAACACUAAAGCAUCGCAAAUCUACUCGGACGCCGAGAAGGUCCGCAAACUGGUGUCGAAUUUUAUGGUCGACCGCAAUCCAGCCUACCGCGACCAGACUUACCAAGCUGUUGCAACACCACUGCCUCCAGGAUGGGAGUCAAGAUCUGGCAUAGCUUCCACUCCACGCGAAGCACAUUCCAAUGGAAAUCUCAAAUUGGAAUCUCAAGCUACCGAGUCGAAAAGCGGUCGACGCUCCGGUAGGACUGCUGCGGCCACUCCUAUUGCCGAAGAAGAGAUCAGAAGGGCUAGCUCCACUCCUGCUGUUCAAGAUGUAGAAGGCACGGGCGAAAGCUUCGAAGGAAACAGCUUCCAACAAGCCCAAGAGAAGAUUGUGACAGAAAUGAUGGGUCUUACUGAUGAAGAUAAUCGGCUGGUAUCAGCCAAUUUCAUACAUUUGCCACCACGCUCACUCAUUGAUUAUUACCAAAUCAUCAGGCAUCCAGUCUCCAUAAAGGCUCUGCAGAAGCAGGUUCGCGGAGCAAAGGGUCAUAACGGACCGACCGGCACGACGCUGCUUCGAAGCUGGAACAGCUUUGCAGAGGAAGCCAGUUUUAUCUGGAACAAUGCACGAGAAUACAACGAAGAUGGUAGUGAGAUUGUGGAAUUGGCGGAGCAAUUACAGGAGUACUUUGUCGCGAGGGUGAAAGAGGCCAAAGCUGUGGUGACUGAACCUCCGCAACCUAGAGUGAAACUAACAAUAGGUGGCAAAUCGCCAGAGCCACCGCCCAAGAUUACAUUGAAGUUUGGCAGCAAAUCAAGCAAUGCGUCCGGUAUCUCUGUCGAUAAUGAGGCGCUCAAACGGCAGCAGGAACUUGUGAAAGCUGCGAGCAGCACUCAUGCAACACCCACUGUUCAGUCCGUUCGGCCCUUACCCGAUAGAGCAGUGCCCGGCUUGGAAAAAGCAGCUAUCAAUGGCAUCAAGCGUGAGGUUUCCCAAGGUCGAUCUCCAGGAAUUGCCCCCAGUCUCGUGAAUGGAGUCAAUCAUACAGCGAUGCCCCCCCUUUACAGAAUACACCCAGAAUCUCGAGUAGCAGUCCCCAUCCCCAGACACUGGCCCCCAAUGGUAUAA